AUUUCGGCUCCAACAGUCAAAAUAGGCCUCACGAAGACGUUCUCCCCUUGUCUGGGGCGCUCACUCCUGAGACUAUCCAGACUACAGCUCAGAAUGGCGUCCGAUAGCACUCAGGUAAAGGCGCCAAACGGCGCCGAGCAGCCCUCCGCAGCGGCCCCCCACAAGAAACUACUGGGCCGACAGUUCUACGAAAGCAUUGGAAGUCCUAAGUACAUUGUUGCUCCGAUGGUGGAUCGGUCUGAGUUUGCCUGGCGCAUGCUCACUCGAUCAUUCAUGCCCGAGGAAGAAGCGAAGUCGGUCCUCGCAUACUCCCCAAUGUAUCACGCGCGUCUCUUCGGUGAACAAGAAAGAGUGCGCUCGGGUAGUUUUCAACCCACGCGGGCGGCCAUUGGCGACUCGAACAAAAAGGAUGAACUUUUCCUCGAUGGAAACCCUGCCUUCGACCGACCCCUCUUCGUUCAGUUUUGCGCGAAUGACCCGAAUGAGUUUCUGGAGGCUGCGAAGCAUGUCGCACCAUACUGCGAUGCCGUUGAUUUGAACCUUGGCUGCCCGCAGGGCAUUGCGCGGAAGGGUCACUACGGAGCUUUCCUUCAAGAGGAUUGGGACUUGAUCUAUAAACUGAUCAACAAGCUGUCAACUGAGCUUUCGGUGCCUGUUACGGCCAAGUUCCGCAUUCAGGAGACCAAGGAGAAGACACUGGAGUAUGCGAAGAUGAUCUUGUCUGCUGGCGCAAACAUUAUCACAGUCCACGGACGUCGGCGAGAGCAAAAGGGUCAUGAAACAGGACUUGCAGACUGGGACCACAUCCGCUAUCUGCGCGAUAAUCUGCCUUCGGAGACUGUCAUCUUUGCCAAUGGCAAUAUAUUGAACCAUGAUGACAUCCAGCGUUGCCUCGACGCGACCGGUGCCGACGGAGUUAUGAGUGCGGAAGGCAAUCUUUCUGAUCCUACCAUCUUCAGCAAGCCACCACCUGUUGGUAGUGAAGGACGAGACUACUGGCGAGGCCGCGACGGAAAGGGUGGAUACCGCAUUGAUGCCAUCUUGCGCAGAUACCUCGACAUCAUCUAUAAAUACGUUCUUGAGCAACCAGUUCCUGAACGAAAACCUCUCUUCCUCCCAUCUGACCCGGUGGAUGAGGCGGAAGAGGCAAAGGAAGCCGCCGAGCAGGCUGGCGAGGAAGAAAAAGACGGCCCACCCAAGAAGAAGCAAAAACGCGACAAGAUCAAGCGACCAAACUCGCCCAACCUGGGUUUCAUGCAGGGCCACCUUUUCCAAGUUCUCCGACCCAUGGUCGGAACUCAUACGAAUGUCCGCGAUGCCCUCGCUCGAUCGCGACCUGGAGAUAUGCCAGCUUUCGAGCACGUUCUCACUCUGAUUGAGCGGGCUAUCAAAACUGCCCUGAAAGAAUAUGAACAAACCCCCGAGAAAUUCGAGAAAAGUCCGGAUGAGACUUUGACGGGAUCUAAGGCUACCAUUGCUGAGUAUGGGCGGCCUUGGUGGGUUUGCCAGCCUUAUAUUCGACCCCUUCCCGAGGAGGCUAGAGAGAAUGGCGCUCUGACUGUCAAGGGAACCGCGCGUGGACCAAAGGAAAAGACAGAGAAAAAGGAAUCGACAGAGACGAACACGCCAACAUCCGAGGGGGCCAACACACCUGCCAAUGACACGCCGUCCUCGACCAUCCCACCGGAUCCCCUGGUCAGUGGAUAG